AUGCUAGAAGAACUUGAAUGUAAUUUUAGAACAUAGGCCCUCCUAACAGAAUAACAAAUAAAUGGUAAUCAAAAACUUGUAGUAAGAGUCAUCUAUGAACAAUUAUACUAAUUCUUUCAAAAGGAAAAGAACAUUACUGGAGAAUAUCUUAGAGGACCUUGUUUAAAAGAAGAAGAUCAAAUUUAUUAAUUUUUGAAACCAAAGGGUACAACUCUUGAAUAUUUCAUUCUAUAAAAGAUUAUAUUAUCAGAAGAAGAAAUCACAUCCUUAUUUAAUUAAUUGAUACUCGCUCUUUAUGAAAUUCAUAAAUAAGGAGUACUUGGAAGAUGUUUUUCUAUUUAUAACAUUUAUUAUGACAGAAUCAAAAUUACCUUAUCUAAUUUUGGUUAUUACAGUGACCUAUAGCUUAAGCCUCCUGAAUUUUUAAAAUAUAAAACAUAUUCUUUAGGAAUAGAUAUGUGGUUACUUGGUUGUAUAAUUUAUUAAUUAUCUACUAAAGAAAUUCUUUAGAACUUUAAUUCAUAUGAAGAAUAUAAUUAAUUUUAUAAAAGAAUUGAUAAGAAAAAACUACCUAAAUCUCUAGUCUCUAUUCUACUUAAAAUGUUAAAUCCUUAAGAUAGUAAUAGAUUAAGGUUUGGAGAACUACACAGUAUUUAUAAAUGUGUAAAUGAAAAUAAUUAGAUAAGAUAAUACUAUAAGUCUUAAUUUCAUCUAUUUAAAACACUUAAUCUAAUUAGAGAGCGUGAAGAAUUUAAUGUUGAAUGGGCUAUAGUAUUAUAUCAAAUCAUUUAUAUAGGUUAAAGAAUUUAAUGGUAAAUCUAGUAUAUCACUUGUUAAAAAUUUCAAUUCUAUGCCUAACAAUACUCUUAUUCAAUUUGAGCCUGAUCCUGAUCCUAAUUUUAUGUUAUUCUACAAUAAAUCUGAAUUGGUAUUACAUCUAUCUAUAUUCAUAGGAAAAAGUUCUAUAUCCAGUUAUUUGGAAAGAAAUGCAUUUCCAUUAUUUUCGAUUUUACAUUAUGGAAAAUACUAUUAAAUGUAUGAAAAUGAUGUUUCAAAUGCCAUUUAUUAUAUGGGGAUAAUUUGCUCUUUAAACUAUGCUUAUUAUUAUUAAAAAAUAAUUCCUAAAAGAAAUCUAAUAAUCCAUCAAUAUUUUUCACGUAUAACAAGCUUAAUGGGAUCAAUUUCUAGCAAAUUCUAAAUAAUUAAAAUAACAUUUAAAUGAAAUUAAUUAUACAUUAUAGACUGAUAUUCAAUAGCUUAAUAAAAUUAAAAUCUAAUUUUAAUCAAAUUAAUUAGGCUUAUCUAUUUUUGAAUCCUAAUUAUUCAGAGAAUUAGAGUUACAUAGAUUUUUUUAAGAUGUAUCACUUCUUUUCAUAUUAAUAGACUUCUGAAUUUGAUUAAUUUGAAUAAUUUCGAAUUCCUUAUAGACAAUGUCUCCAAUUUUGUUACUAUGAAUUAGAAUAAAUGAUCGAAGACGAAAGAGAAUCUCAAGAUCUUAAAUUUUUUGCAAGAUUAAGACUUUAAAUGAUUAUUUGUAUGACCAUAAAUAAAAUUUUCAAUGAAAAUCAACAAUUAAGAACUAAAACUUUUAAUGUUCUCAAACUCUAAUACUAAUUAGAUGAUAUUAGCACUCCUAAUCAUAUUGCUUAAUUCUUAAUUGAAGCAUCUACAGAAUUUCUAGAAGCCUAAACAGAUUAAAUACAUAGUUUGUUUUUUAGGAGUAAUUACUCUAUCUCAACCAUCAAAAAAGAAUGA